UCUUCUUCUUCGACUUAACGUUUCUCCUUCUCCGGGGAGUGUCCCUAAUAAAUUAGCCUUCCCGACGCCCCCCUCCUCCCCCGACCCCCCCGAAAAACAACAACAACAACACCGUCACCGUCAACGGCUGAAAACAGACGGUUGAAAUUCAAAAUUUAUUCGAAAAGACGAGAGUCGGUGGGAGAGGAGAACCCCCCACACACUCCCCCCUCACCCCCCACACCCCCCGGGGGGGGAGCCCGUGCUUUGUGAGGAGGUUCGGGUGAGGUGAGGAGGCCCGAGGCCCGGAGCCGCCGGUUAGCAUGAGUCAGGCGGCGGCGGCGGCGGCGACAGCGCGGGGUUAGAGCCCGGGGGGUUAGGCCUCUCCUCUCCUCCUCCUCCUCCCGCCUCUGUUGUUCCUCUCUCGUCGGCCCCAUAUUUCCCCGCAGCCUCACCCCGUCGACGGAGAGUCGGACGGACGGACGCACCGACCGACGGACGGGACGGGACGGACGGGAGGAGCUUCCACACCGGCCGCAGCGAUGCCGUUCUUCACCAACAACCCCUUCGACCAAGAUGUCGAGAAAGUUACAAAUGAGCACAACACCAGUGAGGAUUGGACACUCAUCAUGGACAUUUGUGAUCGGGUUGGGACGACGCCAACUGGGCCCAAAGAUUGUCUGAAAGCUAUCAUGAAGAGAGUGACUCACAAAAAUCCUCACGUGGCAAUGAAGGCAUUAACGUUACUGGGUGCCUGUGUAUCGAACUGUGGGAAGAUCUUUCACCUGGAGAUUUGUUCUCGUGACUUCACGACUGAAGCUAGCAAUUUAUUAAGUGUGUAUAAUAAGGUUCACCCGAAAGUGUGUGAGAAGCUGAAGGCGCUCAUGGUUGAAUGGUCGGAGGAGUUUCAGAAGGACGCUCAGCUUAGCCUCAUCACGGCCACCAUCAAAGCUCUUAAAGAAGAUGGUGUGUCAUUCCCCUCGGCCAGCUCUCAGGGCACCUCAAAACCCUCCAAAAAUGGCACUGCACCUGUUGCUAGAAAUGCUGAAGAAGAGGCUCUGGCUAAAGCUAUUGAACUUUCUUUGCAGGAGCAGAAACCACAACAGCAGGUGGAGACCAAAUCCCUGUACCCUACAGCAGACAGCUUUCAUAACAGCCGCAUGACUGAGGUCCGCAUGGUCCGUGCCUUGUACGACUUUGAGGCCGUUGAGGACAACGAGCUUACCUUCAAAGCUGGAGAAAUCAUCACCAUUUUAGAUGACAGUGACCCAAACUGGUGGAAAGGCGAGACGGGCAGAGGAGUCGGUCUUUUCCCUUCAAAUUUUGUGUCAACCAGCCUAAAUGCAGAGCCGGAAACAGUGGUUGCAGAGAAGCCGGUAGUGGUGGAGGAAACGGCUAUACAAGAACUACAGCCGUCCGAGCCUGAGCCGGUUUAUAUAGACGAGGAAAAGAUGAACCAGGUGUUGCAGUUGCUGCAGAACGCAGACCCCACCAUUCAGGAGCUGGACUCCCCAGGUCUGCUCCACCUGGAAGAUGUCUGUCAACAGAUGGGACCCAUUAUUGAUGAAAAGCUGGAAGAAAUUGACAGGAAGCACUCUGAGCUUUCCGAGCUGAACGUGAAGGUUUUGGAAGCCUUGGAGCUGUGUAACAAGUUGAUGAAUGAUGUGCCCAUGUACUCGUCCAUGUACUCUAAGCCUCACACGCAAGGUCCUGGUCAGUCUCAGGCACAGGCUCAGGCUUUCUAUGCACAACAGUCUGCUUCUGUUCCUAUGCAGGUUUACCCGGGACAAGCCCAGAGUGGCACGUACAUGCCUGGGGGCAUCUCCCAGGUCAUACCUGGUCAGGGGUACAUAGGCCCUGAUCAGAUCGGCCCAUUGCGAUCUAUGCCACCCACAGUCAACUCGUCUGCUUCCAACCAGAAUAGUCAACCACCUUAUCUAAGCGCCGGCCCACCCGUGUCUUACAUCAACCAGGCAGUGCCUGCACCCGCUGCUCCCUACACAACCCAGGUGGGAAUGGGGAGCGAUCUGUCAGCCUAUCAGAACACUACUGCCAGCGGCCCGCAGGCCCCCAACUAUUCCAUGGCCGCUCCGCUCCAGCACGGCCCUCAGCAACAUUCCAGCUAUUUCCAGCAGCCUCUGCUUUAAAGGAUCCUGAUGGAAGCACCACACACGCCUCUCUCUCUCUCCCUCCCUCCCUCCCUGUCCUGGGAUGAAAGUGUAAUGUACUGGAUUCAAUGCUGUUGUGCUAAUUGCCUCACCACCUGUGGAAAAGAUUGGGUUGCGUUCAGCAAGGGUCAGCCUCGCAAAGUGAAGCAUUGCACUGACAUCCGAGGUUUGCAUUGAGUUACCCCUUUAAAACUCUGUGUGGACACUUAUAAACUCUUAUUAGUUUUCCUUCUCUUUCUCAUUUCUUGUAGCAGGUGUUUUAAUUAAAGGGGUAAUUUGCUAUGUUUUCUGUCACUCACAAUUCGAAUGAAUCUGUCAGUCCUGUUUUUCUAGCUACAAACUGUAUCUGUGUGUUGUCAAAUAAGUUUGUAUUCAAUCUUGCCCAGGACUGGGCACUUUUGAUAUGUUCUUCCCCUGGUGAGAAUCAUGAAAGCAACCUCGUCACAGUCAUAGCCCCUUAAAGAGAAGCAUUCCCAGCCUGUCUCCAUCAAAGGACAAUUGUGUGCUGUCUGCUCCCACUCUCCCCGGCUCAAGGGGCUGUGAUUGAAGAAAGUUGCGAAUGUUUUUCUUUGUGCCGAAUACUUUGCAGUAAACGUCAUGAGGUUAGUAG